UGUAUCUGCUCCGUCUCGUCCUCAGAGCUGUAACGGGGUGGACUGGCGUCAGAAGCUGGACUCUCAGAGGGGAGCCGUGCUGGCCACUGAGCUGAAGAACAACAGUUACAAGCUGGCCCGCUGGACCUGCUGCGCCAUGCUGGCCGGGUCCGAGUACCUCAAACUGGGGUACGUGUCUCGGUACCACGCUAAGGACUCGGCCCGUCACGUGGUGCUGGGAACGCAGCAGUUCAAGCCCAACGAGUUUGCCAGCCAGAUUAAUCUGAGCAUGGAGAACGCCUGGGGUAUCCUGCGCUGCGUCAUCGAUAUCUGCCGCAAGCUGGACGAGGGCAAGUACCUCAUCCUCAAGGACCCCAACAAGCAAGUGAUUCGGGUGUACAGCCUGCCGGACGGAACCUUCAGCUCUGAUGAGGAGGAGGAGGAGGAGGAAGAUGAAGAGGAUGAGGAGGAAGAAGAUGAAGAGGUCUGAAGUGUGGUGUCGUCUACACAGUGACCGAAGCAAUUCAACAUCAUACACAAACACAAUUUAACCUUUGACAUUCAAUAAAGACAGAUUGGCCAACA